GGAUCCCCGAAAGACCAUUCAAUCCGAUGCGUACGAACGAUGCGGAUGGCCUCUACGGCAUUUGCCGGCAAAUGUGCGACCCCAUCGUCAGUUGCAGCCAGAGCGCCGUCGCGGUCGGAUGCAAACCUUCUUCGAGAGAGCUCAGCUUCACAACUGCGGGUGGUGAAUGGUCCAAUGCCGACAAUGUGCGCAGAAAAUCCAAACCGUCCGAUGCAUGCCGUCCGUACGAUGCGGACCAAUGUGCGCUGACCCCAAAAACAAUCCGAUGAGUACGAUGCGUGCCGUCCGUACGAUGCAAACAAGUGUGCGCCUACCUUUAAAGAGAGCUGUCAGAAACUGCGACCCUGUAAGAAGUGACGGGCAUAUGCAUAUAGAAAAAAGUAAAUAAGAAAUUAAUGAAAAUGUUUCCUUAGAUAUGAAAGUCAGUGAGUUGAGAACUGUCAAAAGCAUCGGUCCUGCAGGCAAUGAGGGGAAAAUUAAUACAGAUAGCAGUGGAUGAAAAAUAAAUAAAUGUACAAGUGUAUGUAUAUAUUUAUUGAAUUAUAUUUUAUUUACCAAUGGGUUCUCUCUCUGGCUCAUCUAUCAUUAGCGUCUAUUCAUCAGUGUGAGUAAAGUAUUAGUAGUCCAUUCAUGAACCUGAAUACAUUACUUCCUUCAAUGAGGUAAAGCAACUGCAAAUUAUGUUGACACAUUUAAAUCAUAUAUUUCUAUGCGUCACUGGCUGAUAGGGCUGCUAAUAUAGCGAGCGAGGUAGGGAGCAUCUCACACACGUCUCGGGGAUUGGAAACGUGCGUCAGGGACGGGAGAGAGAGAGAGAGAGAGAGAGAGAGAGAGAGAGAUUCUUAUUUCACUUAAUUAUUUUCGGUCAAUCAUGUAACAGUUCUAAGUAACAGGAAGUCGUUUUGUAUACAUAUAUAAAUAACAGGAGACAUUGUAGAUUCCUUGAGAUACCAGCCAGGACAAGGAUGUCACCGGCCCCAGCAGAGCCGCCCAGUGUACCACGAAGAGAAGGUGGAGCGCUCUGCAGCAGCUGUAGUAAAGCGAGGCGCUGGAAGCUGCCGCUGGUGACCAUCGUGGGCCUCCUGAUGGCUCAGACAUUAUUGUACUACAACGACAACUCUUUCUAUGGCGCUCAUCGCUGGUCCGUCCUGCAAAUCUCUCCAUUACGAUUAAGAUGGUUCAGUGAUAAUUCUACGACACAAUCAUCCGCCUACUCGCUCAGCCUCGGCGGCGGCGACGGCAGAAAUAACACACACCGCGACAGCACUCCCCCGUGCCCGCCUUACCCCCCUACCCUGAAGGGGCGGGUACAAGUCAACAGGAACCCUCCCAGCCUGAAGGAGCAGGAGCGCGCGCACCCUGAGCUCACUCUCGGAGGAUAUUACCAGCCUGAGAACUGCACGGCGCGGCACAAGGUGGCCAUCAUCAUCCCUUACCGGAACCGUGCGAGUCACCUGACGGCCUUCGUCCACCACAUGCACCCCUUCCUGCAGCGGCAGCAGCUCGAGUACGCCAUUUAUGUGGUGGAGCAGGCAGGUGACAGCUCUUUCAACCGAGGAAUGCUGCUGAAUGUGGGCGUCGUGGAAGCUCUCAAGCAGCACGCAUUUGACUGCCUGGUGCUCCACGACGUAGACCUUCUGCCAGAAGAUGACCGCAACCUUUACACCUGUUCAGAACCUCCUAGACACAUGUCUUCCUCGAUAAACACCAAUAAUUACAGAUUACUGUAUGAGAACAGUUUUGGAGGCGUGUCUGCCAUGACGCCGGAGCAGUACACCGCCAUCAACGGGUUCAGUAACAAGUUCUGGGGUUGGGGCGGCGAGGACGACGACUUGUUUAACCGCGUCAGACAUCACGGUCUCAACGUGUCUCGCUACCCCAGCGAGGUGGCUCGCUACACCAUGCUGUCCCACAAGAAGGAGAAACCCAGCCCUGACAGAUACACAAACCUCCGUCUGGGUAAGCGGAGGUUCAAGAAGGACGGCCUGAACAGCGUCAAGUACCAAAUACUGAAGACUGAGCGGAGGCGACUGAUUACGUUGCUGUUCGUGGCUCUGGCUCGCACUUGACAUUGGCCCGCCCUUCAUGCUUUUACUGGCUGUUAGUUUGGACUCGGAGCGAUGGAGGGGAUACGUGUCAUCGUUAUAAACAUCAGGCAGGCUUCUGUCUGCCACCAUUACUGCCUGCCUUUACAUGUUUAAUGCUGAACAAAGACAUACCCAGUUUUGUACUAUAUUCUGCCAAGUUGUGCCAUCAAAAAUGUUCGGUCUUAUUUUUUCAUCUCUGCUUUUGUCCAUCCCACCACAUGUGCAGUGCAGCCAAACAGCGCUCGCACAGCUCAUAGGUCCUUGCCACGAAUCCCAGUAACUGCUAUGGAAUACUUCAGAAUAUCUUUUUUCACUUAUUUCCGCUUUAUUUGUUUAAUAUUAUUUAUUUAUUUUAUUUUAUUUUAUUAUUUUAUUUUAUUUUAUUUUAUUUAUUUAUUUUUUUUACUGUCCUUUCUCGCAAUUAAAUAUUUCAGAAUUAUUAUUAUUUUUUUUUUUCUGGUUGUGGAAAUUUUCCUCUUUAAACCAAUCGGUGCUUCCAUAGAUAUAACAUAGAACAUAAGAACAUAAGAAAUAAGGGAAGCUGCAAGAAGCGGCCAGGCUUACACGUGGCAGUCCCUGUAUGAAACACACCUACCUAUUUCCAUCUGCUAUCCUCAUCCAUAAACUUGUCUAAUCUUCUCUUAAAGCUCUCUAGUGUCCUAGCACUAACUACAUGAUUACUGAGUCCGUUCCACUCAUCUACCACUCUAUUUGAGAACCAAUUUUUUCCUAUCUCCUUCCUAAAACCUAAAUUUUUCAAGCUUGAACCCGUUAUUUCUUGUUCUACCCUGGUUGCUGAUCCUAAGAAUUUUGCUUACAUCUCCCUUGUUAUAACCCUUAUACCACUUAAAGACUUCUAUCAGGUCCCCUCUUAACCUACGUCUCUCUAAAGAAUGUAAAUUUAACAGCUUCAACCUCGCCUCGUAAGGGAUACUCCUCAUCCCCUGUAUCCUUUUAGUCAUUCUCCUCUGUACUGAUUCUAAUAAACCUAUAUCUUUCCUGUAAUGUGGGAACCAGAACUGCACCGCGUAGUCUAGAUGAGGUCUGACCAGCGCCAAGUAUAACUUUAAUAUUACUCCCGGUCUUCUACUUUUAACACUCCUAAAAAUGAAUCCUAGUACCCUAUUUGCCUUGUUUCUGGCUUCUAUGCAUUGUUUCCCUAGACGGAGUUCAGAGCUAACUAUAACUCCUAAAUCUUUCUCGUACCCUGUACCUACCAGAGUUUGGUUGUCUAAUGUGUACCUGUUGUGUGGGUUUCCUCUACCUACGCUAAGCACUUUGCAUUUAUUGAUAUUAAAUUGCAUUUGCCAUCUAUCCGUCCAUUCAUUCAUUCUAUCUAAGUCUGCCUGCAAGGCGAUGGCAUCCGAUUCUGACCUAAUUAAUCUACCUAUCUUUGUGUCAUCCGCAAAUUUACUAACAUCACUACUAAUUCCACUAUCCAAGUCAUUGAUAUACAUUAGAAAUAACAAUGGUCCUAAUACUGAUCCCUGUGGCACCCCACUAAUUACAUGACCCCACUCGGAUUUCGAGCCGUUUAUUACCACUCUCUGUCGCCUGUCACUAAGCCAUGACACUAUCCAGCCUAACACCUUCCCAUCUAUCCCGUGUGCCCUAACCUUUCUCAGGAGCCUUUGAUGGGGUACCUUGUCAAAUGCUUUACUAAAGUCCAGAUAUAAGAUAUCAUAGCUAUCACCAUUAUCUACUGCCUCGUACACCUUACUGUAAAAACUUAACAAGUUAGUCAGGCAAGACUUCCCCUUCGUGAAGCCAUGCUGUGACUGAUUUAACAGGACAAGUGAUCUUUGCAAUGACCCCUAAUAUCAUAUAAUCACCAUCAUCAUCAUCAUCGUCAUCAUCAUCAUUAUCAUCAUCGCUAUCGUUGUUGUUGUUGUUGUUGUUGUUGUUGUUGUUGUUGUUGUUGUUGUUGUUGUUGUUGUUAUUAUUAUUAUUAUUAUUAUUAUUAUUAUUAUUAUUAUUAUUAUCAUCAUCAUCAUCAUUAUUGUUGUUGAUGUUGUUGUUGUUGUUGUUGUUGUUGUUGUUGUUGUUGUUGUUGUUGUUGUUGUUGUUACUGAUGCUUCUGCUGCUGCUGCUAUUGUUAGUUUUCCUUUUCUUCUUGUUCUUGUUAGUAUGUAUUUUGUUACGUUGUAUUUAUCUUUUUCCCUUCUGUCUUCUGUAUGUUUAGUUUUACGCUCCCACUUUCGUCUCUUAUAGUCUCGUAUAGUCAUAAGAUCAGGCAUAAAGUUUUAUCAUUUACUCUGCAUGUGUUUAUUGCUCACUUGUUUUAUUCACAAGUCUCUGUUGUCAAGCUAAAGGACAUUGAUUCAGUUCACCAUUCAGCCAUUAUAGCUUGUACGUUGCAUUUAUAAGCAAUGUUCUCUCACCAGUUUUAUUUUCAAAGGAUAUGGAUAUAAUUAGUUCCUGUUAAAGUAUCGUUAUAAUCAUAAAACAACCCUGAAAACCUUCGGUACUUUUGCUAUCACUUUUUUCAAAAUAGUCGAGAUGAAACGUGGAGGUAUACGAGAAAAGAAUCACUGUUGUUAAUAGCAUUCCUGGGAAGUUACAUUGCUGACCCUGGGGCGGUUAAUCUGUGUCACCAGCCCUGCUUGGAUGUUGCCUCCGCGAUGCUCCUCACCCUACUUGACAAACCUCUUCCGAUCUGGAACCUGGAAAGAAACCUUUCUUCGGAAUAAUGAUUUUUAAGUCUCUUCAACCCAUCAAUUUUCAAUAGUUAAUGUAAUCACGAAACAUAGACGAUGUCAGUUUCAUACAUUUUUAUACUGUUAAUAUUCAGUAAUUACUUCAAAUUUCGUGCAGGAAAACAAGUAUGAUGUCAGCGUCACAUCGAUUCACGUAAUUAAUAUUCGGUAAUUAAUUUAAUCUUUAUACAUAAUACAAACCCAUACAAUACGAAACAAAACACAACAUGUACCAUAUGAAUAACAUCAUUUACUCAUUUUUCUUUCCUAAUCAUGAUACAAUUUAUUUUUAGACUGCAUUACACAACUUUCAACAUCCACUCACGUUCAAGUGAUUCCGUCCGUGCUGCCCUCUAGCCAAGCCUCUCUGCAGACUACUCUGUUUGCUGCUGAUCUUCUCUCCGCCACACGACAUAAUAUACUCCUAUUUAAGAGAGCCUAUUUCCCUCAGAAAACUAUCUUUAUUUUUAAGGACAUUCCACAUUUUUACCAUUCGUGUCACCAAUCCAUGGCUGCUCGCUCUGCCCAUGGGCGUGGUAUUUGGAUACAGAACAUUAACCAAAGUGUAGAGGCGUAGUUAGCGGUCGAGCUCUGACAAGAUAAAACCAGUUCUCUUCCCCACUGGUGCCACACUUAAUGAUUCUGAAUUUUCAAAAUGUUUCGUGAACCCAAAGGUCCAUAUUUAAUUUUACGUAUACAGUACAUUUUCUGCAAUGCAGAUGAACAGAAGAAAAAUUUGAACUGCAGAAACUGGCACUCGUCUUGAACACCACACUUGAAUGGCCCGUUAACACUUAUCCGACUGACUCGACUGAUUCCUCUCAACUUUUCUGGUGAUGAUAAACAACU